GUGUUUGUCGCUAAUCUUGCUUCUUUAAUGAGACUAUCGUUCCCUUGUUGCAACAGAAUUGUUUGUCGCUAGGUAUUAAAAAACAGGCAUCUAAUAUUUUCACUUUGUCAUAAGACCCUCCCUCACAGUAACGAGCCCCUUUCCUUCUUCGUGAGUAACGAGCCCUUUCCUCCUCCUUCUUCUUCUUCUCCUCUAAUCUUCAACUAAUCUUCCCAGAUGCACUACUAAGUCAUUUCUUUUUUAAAGACUGUAUGUCAAAUAUGAAGUAGGAGUUGACAUAUUCUGGCUUCAAUUCAGGAAACGGUACGAAACAAUCUCAAAGAUUUCUGAGGGAUUAGUUAAGCAAGGAUUGCUGGACCUGUACAAUACCUAUGGAUGUAUCCUUUUGAGAGGUACCUUGGAACUCUUAAAAAAUGAUUGGGAAUAAAGCCAAUGUCGAAGGUUCCAUUUGUGAAGCAUACUUGAUGAUAGAGUCAACACAAUUGUUCUCUCAUUAUUUUGAACCUCAUGUCAUGACACGUAAUCAUAAUGCGGCCUGUAAUGAUGAUAGUGGUGUUGUGAAAGAUCUUGAAGGAAAUUUAUCAAUAUUCACCCAUCCAGGGCGACUAUGGGGAGAAGCAAAAAAGAGAAAUUUAUCCCUUGACGAAAUCAAGGCUGCCCAAACUUAUAUUCUACUAAAUUGUAAAGAAGUUGAGCCAUUUGUGAGUAUGUACGUGGAACGUUUGCAAGAAGAACUCCCGAAUCUAUCUCAAGAUCAAAUAGAUGAAAGCCUCCAAACAUAUUUCGCUGAAUGGUUCAAGGGAUAUAUAUGACUCGAGGCAGAGGUCGAGGUAGUGCAGGUCGUAUAAGCAAGUCCUCUGCUAGGGGUAAUUCAGCUACUCAUAGGAACAUUCCUACUAUUCCCAUUCCAACAGUUACUCAUCAACAAGGUGGUACGAGUUCUUCAAGUAGGCCAAAUCAUAUUAACCAAGUUCAAACAUCAGGUCCUAGUAGUACACCUCCAAUUCAAACAUCAGGUAAUAGUAGUACCCCACCUGUUUAUGUUGAACCAUCUCCGAUGACACCUAAUCAGAGCAACACAGUAGAUGAGGGUAUAUCACAUAAUAAUGCAAUAGGUGAGGGUAUAUCUACUCAAAGCAAUGCAAUAGGCGAAGGUGAGUGCAACAGUAGUCUUGCCCAGCAGACUCUUGUUUUUCUUUCUUCUACAGGGUUAGAACCUUCCAGAUUAUGCUCUGAGUAUAAAUAUGAAAAUUUCAAGAAUGAACUUCAUCCUAAUGGAAUCAAUUGGAAAGGUGUCCCAAAAGAGUUAAAAGAAUUUUACUUUGGAGAAUUCAAGAAGGCAUUCUAUUGGGAUUCUUUGAUUGAUAGAGAAGUGAAGCACCUAUGGGGAAGUAAGGCAGCGAGAAGGUACAGUGAUUUUAUAUGCAAAAUAAAAAAAGAUAAGGAUAUAAUUCAACCAGAUUUUGUUCCAAAAGAUGUGUGGGACAAUUGGAUGGAACUAUGGAAGGAUCCUAAGUGUGUCAAAAAAUCAGAAAUAAAUGCAAAAUAUCGUUGUGGCGGUGGGACUGCCAUUGCUAUUGGGACUCAUACGGGCGGCUCUAUCACCAUUGGGGAACAUCGCAAAAGAAUUGCUAUUGAAAAGGGUCGAGAUCCAACACCAAGUGAGCUACACUUGCACGUCCAUACACAUGGUCAUGAUGAAAAAUCUUUUGUUAGUGAGCGAUCCCGACUUGUACAUGAAAAAUAUCAGCAAAUAUUACAGCAACAAACACAAACACAAUCUGAUAUUGAUCAAUCUUUAGCAUUUUAUCAAGCCGCGGGAGGGGAAAAGAAGAGAAGAAUAUAUGUAUUUUAUUAAGAGUAUCUUAUAUAUUCUUAAACAAUAUGUAUUUUAUUAAAUAAAAUAAGAAAAAUACAAUUUGCGA